UCGUCUGCGCAUUUGACAUAUGUGUUGAUGGUGCGCGAAAUAAAGCAAAAAUGAACUAAAACAAAACCUAUCACAAACAUAAAUUAAAUUUUCUACAAGACAUUGGCGAAGUAACUUGUGCCCAGUUAGCACAGACAAAAUCCAUAAACAAGAAUUGAAUUAAAUUAAAUUUUCAUUGCACAACUGGAUAUUUAACUAUAAUACUCACCGGCUACACCAGCCCUCCAACGACGUACUCCUGAAUUCAGCCAUGGAGCAUGUAGAGGAAACACCUGAUUAUGAUAGUGAAUUUGCUUUUGAAACCGAUCACAUAGCAAUAAGAGGAAAUAAAGACUACAGCGAAUUGUUAAAAUACAUUAUUCAAUUAGAAGCUCAGAAAAUAAAUGCACUUCAGAAUAUUGAAGAAUUGUGCGAGGCGCAGAAUAAAGCUUUGGAAGACCCUAUUGGAUUUGUGAAAGAUUUACAAUCUGGUAAAGUUUUCUUUCCACCCCACCAGAAAAUAGCAGAUUUACCAGUAGUUGAUUGGAGUUCAUAUGGAAUUGACACUGAUAUGGAGAAUGACUAUAAACCAACUAAAGAAGAACUGGAGUCUGCUACGAAGGUCAGAGGACGAAUAUUCACAGAUAGUAAGCCAGAAACAUUCAAUCAACUGUGGUCCUGUGAGGAGCAAAAACGUUUGGAAGAGUUGUUGGAAAUUUAUCCUGAAGAACUUGUUGAAGCAAAGAGAUAUAAAAAAAUUGCCAAUGCACUAGGCACAAGAACACCAAUUCAAGUUAUGAGCCGAAUACAAAAGUAUUUUACAAAGUUAGCCAAGGCUGGCCUGCCAAUACCUGGACGUGCACCAAAACGGGUGGGCAAAGACAAAAAUCGGUCAUUAUUCUAUAAAAAAUCUACCUUCUUUCCCCAGCUUCAUGUUCCAGUUAAAAUGGAGGAUCCCUAUGACAGUAACUGUAGCGAGACCCAAGAAGGAUCACCAGAUAUCAAAUCUGGGAAUAAGUCUAUGUUAGAAUUGUUAAAAGCAGCCAAAGAGCAAAGGUUGUUAGAUGAGAUGUCACCAGUUUACCAAACAAAGACUAUGUGUGUAGGUUGUCAAAAGACAGGCUUUCUAGGUGCAAGGUGGACUGACAAUGCCGGGACAGAUUUUUGUACUGACUGUGUUGUUAAACUUUUACCUGCUGAAAAACUGAUACCUGUUAGACAGGUUUAAAUAAAUAAUUAUUAAUAUAAU